GCUAUGGGAACCUUCAUGAUAACAAACGCAUGGCCAAUCAAUGGCCGCGGCCAAACUCAAAAUUCUCGUGUUUACUGUCAUCUUGUCAAGUUGUUAUGCUACCGCUAAAAAAUAUCCUUUAUUGAUCAAACUUUUGUAGUUAGUCGCCUUUAAAUGUAAGCGUACACUGUGCUUACAAGUGAGCUCAAACGAAAUGUUUAAAAACACAUUUCAGUCCGGAUUCCUAUCAAUUCUUUACAGCAUAGGCAGCAAACCUUUGCAAAUUUGGGACAAAAAGGUUCGCAAUGGGCACAUAAAGAGGAUUACGGACAACGACAUACAGAGUCUAGUGCUCGAAAUAGUCGGCACCAAUGUGAGCACUACGUACAUAACAUGCCCAGCCGAUCCGAAGAAGACCCUGGGCAUCAAAUUACCGUUUUUGGUUAUGAUUAUAAAAAACCUAAAAAAAUACUUCACGUUCGAAGUUCAGGUCCUUGACGACAAAAACGUACGAAGACGGUUCAGAGCGAGCAAUUAUCAGUCGACGACUCGAGUGAAGCCCUUCAUAUGUACAAUGCCCAUGCGAUUGGACGAGGGCUGGAAUCAAAUACAGUUCAAUCUUGCCGACUUCACAAGGAGAGCGUACGGGACUAACUAUGUUGAGACCUUGAGAGUUCAAAUACAUGCAAAUUGCAGGAUCAGAAGGGUUUACUUCUCCGACAGGCUGUAUUCUGAAGACGAGCUGCCAGCAGAAUUCAAGCUGUUUCUACCAAUACAGAAUAAGGCCAAAAUGGCAGUGGCCACAUGAGAAAUUUCAGUCAUGUUGUCAUUAAUCUAGUAAAUAUAUAUGUAUAAGUUUAUUUUACUUUAUUUUAUAUUGCUAAAUGUACACCUCUUUACACAUUUAUUAGCAAUUUUACUGUUAUUUACAUGCAAUUAAAACACACCCAGAGUGA